AAAUCAAAAUAUUUCAUUGUCAAAUUGUAUCCAUGAUUUGCAUCGUUGUGGUAUCGGUACGAAUUAUCAUGAUCAUUUCAAAACAUUGGCAUGUGAUUAUUUACCAGUUCUACGUGUAUUAGCUUCCGGUGAGAAUUCCAGACAAACAGUUUCCACUAAAAGACGCUUUUUACACUACUUUGAUCGGAUAUCUUUGUUCUUGCGACCAUCUACUAAAGAAUUUUUGGCAAAAUCCCAUUUUCUUUAA